GAGAGGGAAAGAAGUGAGAGAGAAAACACAAAACUAGAGUGAGAGACAGUUUUAGAGAGAGAAACAAAAGUUGUAUUGUAUAAACUCAUAGACUCAUAACAAUAGGGUAUUCUACUCUCUGAGAGAGAGAGAGAGAGAGAGAGAGAGAGAGGUGUUGAAAAAUUUGUGGCAGUGUGAGAAUUUUGAGUGAGAGAGUAGAGUGAUUGAUCAAUGGGGAGAGGUAGGGUUGAGCUGAAGAGGAUAGAGAACAAGAUCAACAGGCAAGUGACUUUCGCUAAGCGAAGAAAUGGCCUUUUGAAGAAAGCUUACGAACUUUCUGUGCUCUGCGAUGCUGAAGUCGCUCUCAUCAUCUUCUCCAAUAGGGGAAAGCUCUACGAAUUCUGCAGUAGUUCUAGCAUGCUCAAAACGCUUGAGAGGUACCAAAAGUGCAACUAUGGAGCUCCAGAGCCAAAUGUAUCCACAAGGGAGGCCUUGGUAACUGUUUUAUCCCACCAGGGAAUAUUUGAAGCUAAAGCACGUUAUGAAGCCCUACAGCGAUCCCAAAGGAAUCUCCUGGGUGAAGAUCUUGGCCCCCUAAACAGCAAGGAGCUCGAGACACUGGAAAGGCAGCUCGAUAUGUCAUUGAAGCAGAUCAGAUCCACACGGACCCAGUACAUGCUGGAUCAGCUCACAGAUCUUCAAAGAAAGGAACAUGCACUUAGUGAAGCAAACAAGAGCCUGAAGCAAAGGCUGGUGGAAGGAAACCAAGUAAUAUCGCUCCAAUGGAAUCCAAGUGCACAAGAUGUGGGUUACAGCCGACAACAAGCCCAACCUCAGGGUGAUGUCUUCUUCCAUCCCUUGGACUGUGAACCCACAUUACAAAUCGGAUACCAAAAUGAUCCAAUAACAGUGGCAGCAGCAGGGCCAAGUGUGAAUAAUUACAUGCCAGGAUGGUUGCCAUGAUAUUAAGAGUAGAACAGCCGCGCCACGGUAUGCAUUCCUCUCUCAUAGGGACAGUAAGUUCUUAGUCUUCUUGUGUAUGUUGUUUUGAUCAAAAAAAGAAAAUGUGUAAUAGUAUGGAUCUAUGAGAACCUAUAAACAAUUUUAUUUUUAGAACUCUGCAACAUCAGUGGGAGAGAACUAUAAGUAUUGUUGUUUUGUGCUUGCUCCAGCACUGCUCUUUUCUCUACGCUUUCUUCGUUCAAA